GCGGGCCCGGGAGGCUGUGCGUGUCUUGUGAGAGCUCUUGAACCAAGUCAGAGCUAGAGUCGGCUGGGCGGCUGGAAACGGCGGCCGCCGCCGGUGACUCAGGGAGGCGGGAGGCGGGGGAGGAGCCCUUCCUGCAGCGUGGAAAUCAUGGUGCUCACGCUUGGAGAAAGUUGGCCAGUAUUGGUGGGGAAGCGAUUCCUCAGUCUGUCCGCUGCCGACGGCAGCGAAGGCGGCCACGACAGCUGGGACGUGGAGCGCGUCGCCGAGUGGCCCUGGCUCUCCGGGACCAUUCGAGCUGUCUCCCACACCGACGUUACCAAGAAGGAUCUGAAGGUGUGUGUGGAGUUUGAUGGGGAAUCUUGGAGGAAGAGAAGAUGGAUCGAUGUCUAUAGCCUUCUAAGAAGAGCCUUUUUAGUAGAACAUAACUUGGUCUUAGCGGAACGGAAGUCUCCCGAAAUUUCUGAGCGAAUUGUUCAGUGGCCUGCGAUUAUGUAUAAACCUCUGUUGGACAAAGCUGGUUUAGGAUCUAUAACAUCUAUUCGCUUUUUGGGAGAUCAACAAAGAGUAUUUCUUUCUAAAGACCUUUUGAAGCCUAUACAGGAUGUAAACAAUCUUCGACUUUCCCUUAUGGAUAAUCAGAAUGUCAGUAAAGAAUUUCAAGCUUUGAUUGUAAAACAUUUGGAUGAAAGCCAUCUUUUACAAGGCGACAAAAACUUAGUUGGUUCAGAAGUGAAAAUUUAUAGCUUGGACCCAUCUACCCAGUGGUUUUCUGCAACCAUUGUAAAUGGAAACCCAGCAUCAAAAACUCUUCAAGUCAACUGUGAGGAGAUUCCAGCGCUGAAAAUUGUCGAUCCAUCACUGAUUCAUGUUGAAGUUGUACAUGAUAACUUUGUGACAUGUGGUAAUUCUACAAGAAUUGGAGCUGUAAAACGCAAGUCUUCUGAGAAUAAUGGAAGCCUGGUUUCCAAACAAGCAAAGUCUUGCUCUGAGGCCUCUCCCAGUGUGUGUCCAGUACAGUCUGUUCCCACAACAGUUUUUAAGGAGAUACUGCUUGGCUGUACUGCAGCAACUCCGCCGAGUAAGGACCCGAGACAGCAGAACACCCCUCAGGCCGCCAACUCUCCACCUAACCUUGGAGCAAAAAUUCCUCAAGGGUGUCAUAAACAGAUUUUACCAGAACUUUCUUCCUGUCUAAAUACAAAACCUGAAAUACUGAGAACAAAACCAGAAGUUGUCUGUAAAGUAGGGUUGCUAUCUUCAAAGUCCUCUCAGAUUGGAACUGGAGACCUAAAAACCCUGAGUGAACCAAAAGGAAGCUGUACCCAGCUGAAGACCAGCACUGGUCAGGAAAACAGCUUGGAGCCUCUUCCUCCAUCAUCAUCUGGCCUUCCUAAGGAGUGCUCACCUACAAAGCCGCCUUCUGCAGCAGAAGCGGAAAUUGCUGGUACUCCUGAACUGCAGAAGCACCUAGAACAUGCACCUUCCACAUCUGAUGUCCUUUCUAAUAAGCCAGAAGAGAAAGCAGGUGUCAGUAGUAAUAGCUCCGAUAGUUGUGUGGAAAAAAAGGUAGAGCCUCCAACUUUAGGUUGCCAGACACAGAACUUAAAGGAGUCUUCGGUAAAAGGAGAUGGUGAGAGCUGUUGUACAAGAAGCAACAAUAAAAUCCAGAAUGCCCCGUCCCGGAAGUCAGUUUUAUCAGACCCAGCCAAACUCAAGAAGCUGCAGCAGAGCGGUGAGGCCUUUGUGCAGGAUGACUCCUGUGUGAACAUUGUUGCGCAGCUGCCCAAGUGCCGGGAAUGUCGCCUGGAUAGCCUCCGAAAGGACAAGGAACAACAGAAAGACUCGCCAGUAUUUUGCCGCUUCUUUCACUUCAGAAGGUUACAGUUCAAUAAACAUGGUGUAUUGCGGGUAGAAGGCUUCUUAACACCAAACAAGUAUGAUAGUGAAGCAAUCGGCCUGUGGUUGCCUUUAACCAAAAAUGUUGUGGGGACUGAUUUGGACACGGCAAAGUAUAUCCUGGCCAACAUUGGAGACCACUUCUGUCAAAUGGUGAUUUCUGAAAAGGAAGCUAUGUCAACUAUUGAGCCACACAGACAGGUUGCUUGGAAGCGAGCUGUCAAAGGUGUUAGAGAAAUGUGUGACGUGUGUGACACCACCAUCUUCAACUUGCACUGGGUGUGUCCUCGGUGUGGGUUUGGAGUGUGUGUGGAUUGCUAUCGGAUGAAGAGGAAAAAUUGCCAACAGGGUGCUGCCUACAAGACUUUCUCUUGGUUGAGAUGUGUGAAGAGUCAGAUACAUGAACCAGAGAACCUCAUGCCUACACAGAUCAUUCCUGGAAAAGCCCUCUAUGAUGUUGGAGACAUUGUUCAUUCUGUAAGAGCAAAAUGGGGAAUAAAGGCAAAUUGUCCCUGUUCAAACAGGCAAUUCAAACUCUUUUCAAAGCCAGCCUCAAAGGAAGACAUAAAACAGACUUCCUUAGCUGGAGAAAAAUCGACUCUUGGUGCCGUGCCCCCACAGAAUCCCUCAGCGUUGGAACCAGCGGCUGUGGGUGGGGAAGCUGCCUCCAAGCCCGCCAACAGCGUGAAGCCUGCCUGUCCAGCCAGCACCUCUCCUUUGAACUGGCUGGCAGACCUGACCAGCGGGAAUGUCAACAAAGAAAACAAGGAAAAACAGCCAACGAUGCCAAUUUUAAAGAAUGAAAUCAAAUGCCUUCCACCCCUCCCCCCCUUGAGCAAAUCUAGCACAGUCCUCCACACCUUUAACAGCACAAUUUUGACACCUGUAAGCAACAACAAUUCUGGUUUCCUGCGAAAUCUCUUGAAUUCCUCUACAGGAAAGACAGAAAAUGGACUCAAGAAUACACCAAAAAUCCUUGAUGACAUCUUUGCCUCUUUGGUGCAAAAUAAGACUUGCUCUGAUUUGUCAAAGAGGCCUCAAGGACUGACUAUUAAGCCCAGCAUCCUGGGCUUUGACACCCCUCACUACUGGCUGUGUGAUAAUCGCCUGCUGUGCCUGCAAGAUCCCAACAACAAGAGCAACUGGAAUGUGUUUAGGGAGUGCUGGAAACAGGGGCAGCCAGUGAUGGUGUCAGGAGUGCACCAUAAACUGAACACUGAACUUUGGAAACCCGAGUCCUUCAGGAAAGAGUUUGGGAAUCAGGAAGUUGACCUAGUUAAUUGCAGAACCAAUGAAAUCAUCACAGGAGCCACAGUAGGAGACUUCUGGGAUGGAUUUGAAGAUGUUCCAAACCGCCUGAAAAAUGAAAAAGAGCCAAUGGUGUUGAAACUUAAGGACUGGCCACCAGGAGAAGAUUUUAGAGAUAUGAUGCCCUCCAGGUUUGAUGAUCUGAUGGCCAACAUUCCACUGCCUGAAUACACAAGGAGAGACGGCAAACUGAACUUGGCUUCACGACUGCCAAACUACUUUGUUAGGCCGGAUCUGGGUCCCAAGAUGUAUAAUGCUUAUGGAUUAAUUACACCAGAAGAUCGGAAAUACGGAACAACAAAUCUUCAUUUAGAUGUAUCUGAUGCAGCGAAUGUCAUGGUCUAUGUGGGGAUUCCUAAAGGACAGUGUGACCAAGAGGAAGAAGUCCUUAAAACCAUCCAAGAUGGAGAUUCUGAUGAACUCACAAUAAAGAGAUUUAUUGAAGGAAAAGAGAAACCAGGAGCCCUCUGGCACAUAUAUGCUGCUAAAGACACAGAGAAGAUAAGAGAAUUUCUUAAAAAGGUAUCAGAGGAGCAAGGUCAGGAAAACCCUGCAGAUCACGAUCCCAUUCAUGAUCAGAGCUGGUAUUUAGACCGAUCAUUAAGAAAGCGUCUUCAUCAAGAGUAUGGAGUUCAAGGCUGGGCUAUUGUGCAGUUUCUUGGAGAUGUGGUAUUUAUCCCAGCAGGAGCUCCACAUCAGGUUCAUAACUUAUAUAGUUGUAUCAAAGUGGCUGAAGAUUUCGUUUCUCCAGAGCAUGUUAAACACUGCUUCUGGCUCACUCAGGAAUUCCGCUAUCUGUCACAGACUCAUACGAAUCAUGAAGAUAAAUUACAGGUGAAGAAUGUUAUCUACCACGCAGUGAAAGAUGCGGUUGCUAUGCUGAAAGCCAGUGAAUCCAGUUUUGGCAAACCCUAGGGGUCCCAGAGGCGCAUAACCCCCCUGCACAUUGGAAGUGAAUUACUGGCAGCUGUUCAAACUCUUCAGGCAGGAUUCCUGUGGACUUUGAGAUUCAUGUUACCUCAUCUUCUUUUUUAAACUGUACCCACCUGGUAAGGGUACUCUGUCUAAUGUAUAUUUCUAGUGUUUACAGACACUAAAUGUGUAUAUGUAGUAACUAUUUACAGAACAUGCAUCCUUAAACUGUGACUGCUCACCCAGUGCAGAGCUUCUACCAAGCCGUAAAAACGAAACCUCUUAUCAGCUCUGGAAACCACCUGCAGUUGUUCCCCGGCUGUUUGAUCUGACAGCUUCGUCAGAUGGGUUAUAACGAUUAGGAAUCACUGCGCAGUUUAUUUGGGUUGCGUUUUGUUGUGUGUCUGUCUGCGUACCCUCUCCCCCACCCCUUAGGGUUCAGAAGAGCAGUGGAGGAAACGACCGCCAGCAAAGCAGUGCUUACUGUAUAGCAUUAGGACUGGCAUUAUAUAGCAGAAAUCAACUACUGUGCAAUUCUUGGGGUUAACCAUCUUUAGUCAAAUGGAGUUUUAAUUUAAAUGAAGCUUUGCUAAUUUUAAGUGUUAAGCAUUUUGCAUUAAAGUAUUCAUAUAAUGUUUUGACUCAGUUUAUUGGCAUUAUCUCUGGUUGUAGAUUCAAUACACCUUUCAUCGAAUGUUACAGGUAUAAGAGUUUGCUCCAGGAACUCGUCUUAAAAGCACAGAAAUUCAAUGCUGUAGUGAUUUCUGAGUGAUUAUUACAAUGCUAAUAUGGAAACAAGUUUCUCCCCAGCCAAGUGGAAACUGCUCUCACACUUUUGUAAAGAAACACCACAGUUUAACUACCCUUAGACGUGAGAAUGAACCAAAAAACCCAAAUAGUGACUGGUUAAAUGGUUCUAAAAAGGUAAGAGAUUGAAAUACUUUGUCUCUCUUCUAGCCAUUCAUAAUUUAAGAAUUUACAAAAUGAAAUUAUUAGAAGUUUUCAAACAGUGGUAUUGAAAAUAAUCAUUUCUGUGAAGGAAGAAAAUUCAUAAAGAAGCCACCUUUCUAUUUCUAUAGCGCAGUGAUUCUCCUAGACAGCUCUAGCUGUAUUAAAAGGAAUUAAAUUGAAAUCAAGUAGUGUAGACAAGGUCUAGAACCUAGGUUUUACCUGUGAGUUCAGAGUAGGAGGUCAAAGAUCCCUGCCUGAUGCCAACCCACUUCAAGCCAAAGUUAAUGGAUGAACUUUCAAAAACAUAAACUUUUCUGAAAAGAAUAACUAUCUACCCAUCUUAGAGGGAAGUAUCUUCCCUGGGAAUUUCUUAUCAGAAGCUCCUUUAUACAGUUGUGGAUCUAGAACUGGCACUGUUAAUUGGAAAUCUCCAAUAGCUAAAAGAAGAGGAAAACUUCAGUUCUUUUUAGAGGAAAUGACCCUCAAACCAGCCCUCAACGGAGUCCCACAGAUAGUUCCAGACUUUUAUUCACACUCAAAUGCACUGUACCAACAAAUAUAAAACUGAAAGCCACCAUGUGCAAGAGUCAAUGCAAACCUGAAAAUUGCCAUAUUAAACCUACAAACUUUGUAGGUUCUGGAAUGAUCCAGUACUUACUUUAUAUUCUGAAAUGUCUUUAAUAUGCCUAUAGAAAUGAGAGCAUAGCAAUAUAAUGAAAGAAUGAGAUUUUCAGAAUUCACCAGAUUUGGAAAGAAGCUAAAUAGAACUAACAGAAAUGAGACAUGAUGGUUAAAAUCAGAAAUUCGGCAGAUGAAGUAAGCAGCAGAAAAAAGUUCUUUUUACAAAUUGGAAGAUUGGUAAAAAUACACAAUACACUGUUGAGUAACAGGAGGCUGUAAAGAAGUGUGAAUUUAUAAAGAGAAAAGUACAGGUUUGAUAGUCAGUGACAGGGAACUGAGAGAGUAGCGAGGGAGGGUGACAUGCUGAGACUGGAGUUUUCUUGGUACCAGCAACAUGUCAUCAGAUUGAAGAAGGCCAAUGAAAUCAAGCAAGGUAAAUAAAACACCCACACCUGUGUGGGACGUAGCACUAAGUGAAAAGAGGACCUCAAACAAAAUAGGCUCUUAAAAGAUCCGGAAUGGGGAUCCUGAUCUUCAAAACAUGACAGACUACCAGCUGGCUUCCUAACAGCAGCAGUGCGAGUCAAGAAAGUAGGUGCCACUCUGACUGUGCCAGAGAACACGGUUGAAAAUAAGUCUAGACACGGCAGAGUUAUCUCCCCUGUUCUUUACUGACAUUUUCAGAUUAAAAACCAGAGUUUCUUUUCAGGCCCUUGCUGAAGGACCUUUUAAGAAUAUCCUUAGGGGAGUUCCCAUCGUGGCUCCGCGGAAAUGCAUCUGACUAGCAUCCAUGAGGACGCAAGUUCGAUCUUUGGCCUUGCUCAGUGGGUUAAGGAUCCGGCAUUGCCAAGAGCUAUGAUGUAGGUCUCAGACAUGGCUGUGGUGUAGGCCAGCGGCUACAGCUCUGAUUUGACCCCUAGCCUGGAAAUCGCCAUAUACUGCUAGUGUGGCCCUAAAAAAAAAGAAAAGAAUGAAUAUCCUUAGAAAUGAAAAUUAACCCACAACAUGCAAGAAAAAAUGAUGUAUGAGGGAAUUGUAAAUUUCUAUAUAAACUUAAGCAAUAGUGGAAUGAUAUUUUUCCAAGUCUGGAUAAAGUUCCUCAAAAAGUUAAACAUAGAAUAUAUGAUCCAGCAAUUCCACUCCUAGGUUUAUCUUCAAAAGAAUUGAAAACAAGGAUUCAAGCAGAUACUUGUACACUUGUGUUCAAUAGCAGCAUUAUUGACAAGAGUCAAAAGGUGGAAAUAACCCAACAGGUGAAUGGAUAAAAAUGUGGCAUAUGCAUAUCAUGGA